GUUUCCGAAAGCAGUUUGGACUUUGCGUGGCCCUUCAUUUAGGCCCUACGAGCUUUAAAGGCCCAAUUUUCCAGUCCUUCGACAACUAGGGUUUUCCUAUCAUCUUCACAUUCACUAUACACAGAGGUUCCUCCGCGCCCGAGAGAGACAAAGCUUCACAUAUUAUACUAUUGCUCUGUCUCUCUUCUCUUCUUUUGCUCUCUCCGCGAAAUUACAACAUGGCAACCCCGGUGGCAAGAUCCUUUCUUCAGGUGGCAGCGACAGAAGAGGUUGCUUCCCCUCUCAGAGUUGUUCAGAUCGAGGGAUUGGUUAUUUUAAAGAUAAUCAAACAUUGCAAGGAGUUUUCACCGGCUUUGGUCACCGGGCAGCUUCUGGGAUUAGAUGUUGGCAGUGUUCUCGAAGUUACUAAUUGUUUCCCCUUCCCGAUUCGAGAGGAGGAUGAAGAAAUUGAAGCUGAUGGCGCCAAUUACCAGCUUGAGAUGAUGAGAUGUUUGAGAGAGGUCAAUGUUGACAAUAACACUGUUGGAUGGUACCAAUCAACAUUGUUAGGUUCUUUUCAAACCGUGGAGCUUAUUGAGACAUUCAUGAACUACCAGGAAAAUAUUAGGCGUUGUGUGUGUAUAAUCUAUGAUCCAUUGAAAUCCAAUCAAGGCGUUUUAGCACUCAAGGCGUUGAAGCUUUCUGAUUCAUUCAUGGAGCUUUACCGCACUAACAAUUUUACAGGAGAGAAGUUGAGGGAGAAAAAUCUAUCAUGGGUGGAUAUAUUUGAAGAAAUACCGAUCAAGGUUUCCAAUUCUGCACUUAUUAGUGCCUUUAUGACAGAGCUGGAAGCUGAUACACCUGUUGUCCAGUGUGAUUAUGAUCGUCUGCAAUUGUCAACCAGUCCUUUUCUGGAGAGGAAUAUGGAAUUUCUUAUUGAAUGCAUGGACGAUUUGUCAAUGGAACAGCAGAAGUUCCAAUUCUAUUAUAGAAACCUGUCACGUCAGCAAGCCCAACAGCAAGCAUGGCUUCAAAAGAGAAGGGCGGAGAAUAUGGCACGAAAGGCCACAGGAGAAGAACCUUUACCUGAGGAGGAUCCUUCAAACCCUGUAUUUAAGCCACUUCCCGAGCCAUCACGUUUGGAUAGCUUUCUCAUAACAAAUCAAAUCUCAAACUACUGCAACCAAAUUAAUGGGGUUGCCGGCCAGAGCUUCAGCAGAUUAUACUUGACGAAGGCUUUGCAUGAGAACUGAUGUAAUGCUGUAUUCGAUUGUUAGGCGUAAGGGGAACUAUCUAUCCUUAGCAGUUGCUAUCUGUAUAAGAUAAUGAGUUUAGAGUUUUUGUUUUUAUUCAUCUUAAAUUCAUUUUUAUGAAUCUGUCAAGUUUUGAGCAAUAUUUUGUAUGAAGUUUAAUGGCAAGUUUGGAUGUAAGAUUAUGAUUCCAACAUGGAAUAUGCCUAACCAAACAAUUCCUUCUAGUCUGAUAGCUCUUCAUUUUCCCUCU